AUGUGGCUAUUAUCGUAUUCAGUACUCGGUCUAAUUUCUCCCGUCUUCACUUUACCUUUGACCAAAAACUACAAGCUCUUCAACGAAUCGCCGACUGUUCGAUUGACCGCCCAAAAUUUCGCACAGGAAGUCAACUCCUCACCGAAUCCUUGGAUAAUUGUUAUCUAUAGCGAAUCAAGUGAAUCAUGCGAACGCUAUUCAAAAGUAGGAUGGCCGAAGCUGGUCAAGGCUAUUGGGGAGUGGGAAGACAAAUUUUCGGAGAUAUUCGGAAAAAAUCAGAUGGGCGCAAUCGAAGAAGGUGAGGGACUUUUUGCGACAAAUGAGUACGAUUUUCCGAUCAUCAAGAUUUUCCCUCCGAACUCGAGUGGAGUACCGUUAAGCAAGAAAAUCAACUGGUACAGCCCCGAUGCAAUGCUCGAGAUUUUGUUGGCCAUUCAUCAAAUCAGUAAAGAAGAGGUUUUACCAAAAACAUCGCAAGAAUGGACCACGCGAAUCGACAAAAUUUGGGACAAUUGGCAAAAAGAGUUGGCAUUGGCCAAUAAGGGAGAAAAAGUCGUUCUGGAGACUUACACGCAAAUCAUCCGGACAGUCACAACUACAAGUGUCGUGAAUCCUUUCCUACUCGGUCUAAUUUCUCCCGUCUUCACUUUACCUUUGACCAAAAACUACAAGCUCUUCAACGAAUCGCCGACUGUUCGAUUGACCGCCCAAAAUUUCGCACAGAAAGUCAACUCCUCACCGAAUCCUUGGAUAAUUGUUAUCUAUAGCGAAUCAAGUAAAUUAUGCAAACGCUAUUCAAAUGUAGGAUGGCCGAAGCUGGUCAAGGCUAUUGGAGAGUGGGAAGACAAAUUUUCGGAGAUAUUCGGAAAAAAUCGGAUGGGCGCAAUCGAAGCAGGUGAGGGACUUUUUGCGACAAAUGAGUACGAUUUUCCGAUCAUCAAGAUUUUCCCUCCGAACUCGAGUGGAGUACCGUUGAGCAAGAAAAUCAACUGGUACAGCACCGAUGAAAUGCUCGAGAUUUUGCUUGCCAUUCAUCAAAUCAGUAAAGAAGAGGUUUUGCCAAAAACAUCGCAAGAAUGGACCACGCGAGUCGACAAAAUUUGGAACAAUUGGCAAAAAGAGUUGGCUUUGGCCAAUGAGGGAGAAAGAGUCGUUCUGGAGACUUACACGCAAGUCAUCAGCACAGUCACAACUACAAGGGUCGUGAAUCCUUUCCACGUUUGUUGGACCGCUGAAGAGGAAUGCCCGGUGCCACGAAUGAAACGCCUACACAAGAUUGAGCUGUUCAAUGGACAACAGUACAUGAUCGAGGAAUUUUCAAUUGUGAGAAAGCAAGCUGCCAAGCCGUUCUGCACGGGGAACGGGGAGAUCACGGGAUCAAUUGACUACUGCAAAAAAUUCCCAUGUGCGCCGAACGGAACGAGACACCACAAGGAGAAAUUCCGAUGCGAGCAUGGGCCG